AUGCCCACUCCUGAAGCUCACCGCCGCAAGUCGCAAAACGAGGCUCGGGAGUGCAAACCACGUCCGUCGAGGAAGCAGACGACACUGAAGAAGUGUACGAGGGCUGCCGAGACGGCCGCGUCGCCGUAUGCACAGGAGCAGGGGACGGUCGACAAGAUAGUAACAGUGUUGGUGUUGGUGGAAGGGGUCCACCUGCCCCCUCCACACCUCUCCCUCUCCACCGACCUCCUCACCCAGGACCCCCUGGCGGCCUUCCACCACCGUCUCCGCCCCAACCCCAACCUUCCCGCCCACCCAGCUCACGCCCUCACUAUCCACUCCACCAACUCCAAUUCCAUCAUUCCCGCCCCCAGCAACCCCAGUCCCCCUCACUUCACCCAAGCAAAUCCUAAGAUAACAUCCUUUACUCCCCUUAGUAAGCCUUUCCCACCCAACAAGCCCUUCCUCCCGCCCAACGCCCACAACAAGCAGUUCCUUCACCCCAACAAGCCUUUCCCUCCUUUCAGUCCUCACGGCAAACCCAAAACCUCACCGUUUCCUCUUCAAGGCCGGCCAGGUCUACACUUUUCCCCAAAUUCAAAGCCAUCUCCUCACUUCAAUGGCCCUGCCGCUAACUUCAACGGUCCUGCCAUCCGUUUCAACGGUCCUGCCGGCCACUUCAACGGCCCUGCCGCCCAUUUCAACGGUCCUGCCGCCCAUUUCAACGGCCCUCCCGCCCAUUUCAACGGCCCUGCCGCCCAUUUCAACGGCCCUGCCGCCCAUUUCAACGGCCCUCCCGCCCAUUUCAACGGCCCUGCCGCCAACUUCAAAAAUCCGGCCGCCAACUUCAAGAACCCGGCCGCUAACUUCAAGAACCCUGCCGCCAACUUCAAAAAUCCGGGCGCCAACUUUAACAACCCUGCCGCCAACUUCAAGAACCCGGGCGCCCAGUUAAACCACCUUGCCGCCCACGCAGCAGCUUCCAGAAUACCAUCACAGGCGCCACUCUCUGACCUACACGAGCUGGGACAGUUCCGGGACCCACAUCUAGCGGCGUCCGCGUUCUUCCCUAAGCAAGGGAUCAACCUGGUGGACAAGGUGGACGUAGAACCAGAGGAACCAACCGGCACCAACUUCUUCCCAAGUGACGGCUACGACCUCGACUCCUACUUCAACGACUUCCCCGUCUUUGGGUACUUCGACUUCGAACCCAGCCCCGAUGGAGAAAAACUGCCUUUGGCGCCAUGA